ACGCAGCGACUUCGUGCAACCCUAAUUCGAACCUCUACAUCACCCUGCGCUUACACACACACCCAUAAUUGGGGCCGGCGCCUUUAUUAAAAGCUACACAUGGCGCCAACACUCCUCCCGAGAUCUCCCCUCGCCGCCACCUUGUUCACUCCAACCACCGCACCGACCAUAAACACAUCUACCGAAGAGGUGAACACAGCACCACCCAACGCGACAACAGCGGAAGAAGUCGCCCCCGAAACCACUCCUCCAAGCCAGCCGAACAAGAAGAAGCGAAAGCGCAAGGAAACACACAUACUCCACCAAUGCACGUUCCGGAAACCCACAUGGUCAUACUUCCACCUCUGUCUCAUAACGCCGAGUACAGCCGCCACAAGUCCUUACCCCCCAACGACGUCCUCGCGCCCUACUUCGCCUUCUCCCCCCACAACCACAACCACAGCCUCAACAAGAGCAUACCCAACUCCAACCGCAAACCUCGACGCCCUCACAAUAUCAACCCUCCUCUCCCAGUCUCUGACCUCCUACCUCGGCACCACAGGCGCCGCUAUACCCAUCGACAUACUGCAGACGCGCGGCCGGCACGUCUUCGUGCGGGUACCACGGCAAGAUGCGCGGGCGGUGAGGGCCAGUCUGAGCGGGUGGAUAGGGAGUUGCGAGGCCGGCCAUGUACCGGAUUUGCAGGAGAGCGGGAAGGUCAAGGUUGCGUGGAGAGUUGUAGGGGAGGCGGGCGUGUUGGGGGUACUUGGUGGUAGUGGGGAUGGGGCGGAUUUGUUUGGGUGAGUGAGGGAGGGAGUGUGUUUGUGGUAACAGUUAGACAUGUGUAGAGGGUUUUGUGGGGUCGACAUUUUGGUUGAGGUUGAGGUUGAGGUUGAGGUUGAGGUUGAGCUGGUCUCGUGCCACGGACGAGAGAGUCGUGAUAUGCCUGUUGUGCUGCGCGCUGAGAUGGCGGUACUGCACUGAUGGCCUGAGACUGGUGUGAUAGCGGCCCUGGUAGCAUCCAGCCACGCGUCAUGGUCAACGACGCAACGUCUCACCUCGAAACUUUCUAGCAUCCUAGAACGGAGGAAAGAACCCCUCAGAACACUCAAUCACAUUUGAGUCUCAAACCCAGGUUAGUGUAGUCCAACGUCAGGCGACCGCGAAAGCGUGAGUAU